CGGCCCCGCCCCGCCCCCGCCGCCAUGUUGUGGAGGCGGCGGGAGCGGCGGCGGGAGCGGCUGGCGGGGGUGGAGGAGCAUGCACGGCGCGGAGCGGCGGCCCGUGGGCGCGCACCCUGACCGGUGGGUGCUCAUUGCACCAGAGGCUGCUACCGACCCCCCUACAGCACCUGACAACGAACCUAUGUUUACAAAACUCCGCAGUCCGAGCACAGGGGAAGCAACUCUUUACUUAUUCAAUAGUGGUGCACAGCAGCUGUUCGAAGUAAAAGCUUUUCAUGAGGAAUAUCGUUCCUGGUUUAUAGGUGAGACUGUUCAACAAGAUGGGCGCCUGCUCUUUGUUACACCGAUGGACCCCUUAUUUCUGAUACUUUAUUACCUCAUAAAGGCGGACAAAGAGCAGCAAGGAAAGUUCCAGCCACUGGAUCAAGUUGUGCUAGAUUCAGAGUACCCAUAUUGUCCUUUGCUGCUGAAGUGUGAAGGAGUCAAACGAUCCAUAUGUCAUAUAACAGAAGAAAAAGAGAUUGGCAGUCAGAAAUUUCACAAGUACAGCCAAGAGAAAACAUUGAAGUGGUUAAAGAAAAAGGUCAAUCAAACAGUGAAAGCACUUAAAAGCAACAAUAUAUGUGUAGGUGAAAGGAUAUAUUCAGCUACAUUUGUCAGCGGUAAACAAAUCACUGAUGCUGAAGAAGACUAUGUGCGGUAUGCUCAUGGGUUAAUAUCAGAAUAUAUUACUGAAGAGCUAAGCAAGGAGCUGUCAAAAUACCUAGGUCUUCCAGAGCAUACAGUCCCAGCACCAGAGCCACCGUUGAAGAAAAGGAAGUUAUCAGAUGUCCCUGUGGAAGCAGAAGAAGACUAUACUAAGUUUAACAGCAGUAAUCUGAAAAACAAAAAGAUGCCUGCACAAAAACAUCCAAAGAAGAAAUGAAAGAAGCGUAAGGAGACUUGCUAAUAUUAUUUUAACUUGCCAUAAUCUCAAACCAGCUUUUAAAGGCUUUUUUAGUGCACUUUCUGAAAAUAAAUGCUUAAAGUUAGAUGUGCCCUGUUCCAAGAAAAAGCAAAUCUCAGCAGAUUAACAUUGUUAAAUAUGCGGUGUGUUAAACAUACAGUGCUUCAGAUUUUAUAGCUUAUCCACUAUUGGUCUAUCGGGCCCUUCCAGGAAAGCACUUACAAGCAUGCCUAAUGUUAAGCACAUGAGCAGUGAUCUUCAAGUCAGCAGUGUUGUUCGUGUGGAUAAGUGCUUUGCUGGACCAGGGCCUAAAGUCCUGUUAGGUGCUGAGCAUCCUGAUCCAUAUCCAGCAAAGCACUUAUGUCUAUGCUUAUCUUGAAGUGGAAGAGCUGGUCUAACUAAUAUUUGUGCAUUAGUGUUUGCCAUAAAACCUCUCUUGGCACGGUGACUCACAUGCUUAAAAUUAAGCACCUGCCUAUGUAUUUUGCAAGAGCAGACCAACAGCAUCCUUGAGCAAUUCCUAUAUAAUUACUUGAUUUUGUAUGAACUUUCUAUUUUCUGGUUGUUUUUAACAGAGCAAAUGAUUUUAGUGGCCAUAAUUUCAAGAUUUAGAAGCUGCAUAGCAAAAUGCUUUGUGCAGUUUCCACAUUUAUAUUUCAAAUUGUAGUCACAUUCAACAAAAUACUCUUUUAGACAAAAAGUCCAAUUGUUCAGAUUUAAAAUCAUCAAAAAAUGGAAAAUGUUGAUUUUUUUAUAUUUUAAGGUCGUUUCAACUUUUUUUUGUUCAGAGUUAUUUCACUGAACUUAAUCUGAAUGAUUUUGUCCAACCAACCGUGUUCUGGUAUCCAGAAUAGGUUACCUAGGUCUGUCUGUGUGAGCAGGCUGAUUCUUGAGGUGCUAAGGCUUGGGCUAGGGGGUGUUUUCCGAGGGGCUAAUGGAGGAGCUGUAGUUCUAUUUUUUUCUUCCUGGCAGAAUGAAACCUAAACAUGAUUAAAUCAACAUGUACUUUUUUAAUGUUGAGAACAAAGCUGAAACCUACGUAGUCCUUUUGGUAAAAACAAAAAAUAAGAGACACUUCGUUAUAUUAUUGUUGUGGAUGUGUACAAGAUAUUUUCCAUGGGUGAACUUCAACCAAAAUAUCAACCAGAGUUGACAUAAAACAAGGAGGAAAUGGAUGCUAAUGAGAUCCUUAAUGAUAGGCCAGAUGCAGGCUGACAUUUUUAACUUAAAUAACUAUCAAACUGCCUUUGGUAUCUUUUUUUGUUGUUGUUGUUGUUAUAGAACUGUUAAAGUAAUGAGGAUCAAGAUUUUAAACAUCAUGUCUAUUUCUAUGUAUUUUAACUGUGAACCCAGUUCACUGUGAUACCAACAGCAAGUGACCAAAAUGUUCUGCAAAUCUUGAAUGUGUUUGAGGCAUUCUAGAUCAGAAAUCAAGAGAUGCUUUGCUUCCACAAAAUUUACCCGACUUCAGGUCAAACAAGAACAUCCAGAAGAGUUUAUUAGGACAUUCCUGAAAUCUAAAAGAUGAAGAGGCAUUGGUGUAUUCAAUUUUCCCUUGCAUUUAUGAUUGUUUGUUUCAAAAUGGGAGAGAACUGAACUGUGAACUGUUUAGAAAUCAAGUAUGAAAGGAAAUAUAAUCUGAAUGUUCAUUUGAGAAAUUUGCGCUGAAUUCUUUGUUAUUUUCACACUUGUCUAGUUCAGAAGUGUUCACUGUCCCUUUUCAUGGAGAAAAAAAAAAAUGUGUUUUAGUUUCCUAGGCAGUAAUGCAUGAAUAUUAAAUGGGUCCAAGAUGAAAUUUAUAUUUUUCUAACUUGUAUUCAAAAAAGUACUUGAUGUAAAAAUAAGGCUAUAUGUUUCAGAAAACUUGUUCUAUUUUUUAUUUCUAUUUUUUAUUUCGGAUUUUACUUAUCAUUCAUGUGCCAAAAAAAAAAAAAGAAAUAAAUACUUUUUUACUCA